AUGGCGGCUUUCAUCCAAUCUAAAGCUAUUCGCGCACGGGCAAAAGAACAGUUGCAAAUCUUAGGUUAUUACAGCGCCCUUUUUCCCUACGAAGAAUCCCAACUCAGCGUCUACAUUACGUCUUUCGAAAGAGUACCACCCGAUCCACACGAGCAAGAGGCGAGCAAUGGUAGCUGCAGCAUUGUUGACAGAAACUACCCAUACACAAAUAUGGCUGGAGUCUCUAUACAGACCACGACAACCGGCGAAUCGUUCUACAGAGUUGACUGGGAAUCUACUUCGGAUUCUUUCAACCCUCGUAAUUGGUCUUUAAAGAAACGGAUUAGAACUCUGUUACUUUUAGAUCUAAUUGCGGCAGUUAUGACGGUCGCUAGCGCCAUUGAGUCACCCGUAGCACCACAAGCUGCGCAAUUCUUCCAUGCCUCAGAGACUCUACAAGCAUUUAGCGGCACAGGGACCUAUCUUGUAGGCUUUGGGCUUGGUGCUUUACUAGCGGCACCAGCAUCAGAGAUCUUAGGCCGCUACUCUGUAUACCUAUACUCCCUUUGUGUAUGCGAGUGCUGGCUGCUAGGGUCCGCUUUGGCGCAGAACUCAGGCUCUCUUAUUGUUUUCCGGUUUUUGGCAGGGCUUUUUGCAUCUGCUCCCCUUACAGUCGCAGGAGGCAGUAUGAGUGAUCUCUGGAAUACUAAGGAGAUGACUUGGGCUUUUCCAAUGUUUGCUGUAGUAGGUUUUGGAGGGCCAGCAUUAGCCCCAGUAAUUGCAAGUUACAUUGGACAAAGCAGAUAUACAAGUUGGCGCUGGGCUGAGUGGCUAGUUGUCAUUCUAAAUGGUUUCUGCAUACUGAUGGUAGUGCUCGGGAUGGAAGAGACAUUCGCACCCCAGCUUCUUCAAACGAAAGCAAAACAGCUCAGGGUGUUGACAGGGGACGAUCGUUUCAAAACGGCGAAAGAAAUUGAUGAAGCAGGACCUAGGAGCCUACUCAAAAAGGAUUUUACGCGACCCUUUCGUCUAGCACUAGAGCCAAUUGUGCUCUUCCUCACGUUGUACAAUACAAUCAUUUACGUGGUUAUGUUCACUUUCCUUGUGGGCUACCCAUAUAUAUUCGGGCAGACCUAUGGGAUAGAUCAAGGACUAAAAAACUUGUGUUUUCUCGGCCUAUUAGUCGGUAUCCUGCUAUCGACUGCCCUUUUUCCAUUCAUUUUAGCAAAAAUGGACCAGUUAUGCCUCGAGAAAGGUGAUGACGGCUCUGGACAAUCAAUUCCGCAAGAGUCAAGACUCAUGUUUGCUAUGUUUGGGGCACCACUCCUGCCAAUUGGGCUAAUCUGGAUGGGCUGGACGGAUACUCCAACUAUAUCAAUCUGGUCACCACUCGCUGCUUCUGUUACUAUUGGGCUUGGUACUGUAUGUAUCUUUAUAAGUUCAUAUAUGUACAUCAUCGACAGCUAUCAGAUAUACGCCGCAUCUGCGCUGACCUUCGUAACUAUUGUGCGUUAUGUCAUAGCUGGCGUUAUGACAGUUGUUGGUAUACUAAUGUACAAGAAUCUAGGAACACAUUGGACGCUAACGGCGCUCGGGUGCAUUAGCGCGGUCGUUACACCUGUUCCAUACGUCCUAUACUACUACGGCGAGACAAUCCGCGAAAAGAGCAAGUUAGCUGUUCGGUAG